AUGGCUUUCAAAGCUGAUGGACACAUCUUUGGCAACUUCCACGCGUACUACAGCUUCAACCCCGUGCACGAGCGCUUGCGGUUUAUGGAUGCGCAGACUGCUGAUGCGCUGCGCCGGGAACUGCUCAUGAAGGAAUCGUCGGGUGCAAAUGCGGCAGACGAGACGUUGACUGUCAUUGACAUUGGCUGCAACGAAGGCGACUUGACGAUCGGUCUGUACAACGCGCUGACUGGUCGAGAAGCACCUGCAAGUGCCGGUCACAUGGACGACGUGACUGACUUUGACCUCGCUCACAUUUGUACCCUAAAUGAACGCGUACAGAAGAACAAGUGGCACGUGGAGUACCUGAUUGAGGACCAGAGCGAGACGAAUCAUCGCAGACACUACGUCUGUGAGCUCCAGAUCAACAACAAGGUGAUGGGUCAUGGGGAAGGCGUAUCGAAGAAGGUGGCAAAGGCCAAGGCGGCUGAAAUGGCUCUGACGGCACUCGACGACAAGAACCAGAUCCAGGAACAGAGAGAGGAGAAGUCCACGGACACGAACAGCGGUCUGGACCAGUGUCCAGUGGCAACAGAAAACGAAGAGAUGGCGAUGAGAAAGAAGAAGCUCAUGGUUCUUGGUGUAGAUCUUGACGAGGCGCUGAUUGCACGUGCUGCCAAGAAGCCCGUGCAGGUGGCCGACGGAGAUGUCGUGCAAUUCCGUCGCGUGGAUGUCAUGAUGAGCGCGUUCCGCAAGGAAAUCGCUCCGUUUCUAGAGCUGGCGAAGCGCACGACAGGCAAGCGCGAAUUCGAUUUCGUCACUUGCUUUAGCGUGACAAUGUGGAUUCAUCUCAAUCAUGGAGACGACGGCCUGUGGAAGUUUCUCGAGACAGUCAGUAACAUGACCGAGCAUCUUAUCAUCGAGCCUCAGACGUGGAAAUGCUAUCGCAACGCACGGAAGCGGCUGAACCGCAGGCACAUCGAAGUGCCUCAGUCGUUCAACGAGAUCAAGGUACGCGCGGACGUCGUCGAGAAGAUUGACGCGUUUUUGCUGGCAGGCCGGUUCCGCUACAAAGCUCAACUUGGCAAGACCAACUGGUCGCGGAAUGUAGUUCUCUACAGCCGCAAGCCCGUGCCUGGGAUCUUGUACGCUUUGUGA